UUUUUUUUCCUUUUCUUUUUUUUUUUUUUUUUUUUUUUUUUUUUCAGAGCUGGGGACCGAACCCAGGGCCUUGAGCUUGCUAGGCAAGCGCUCUACCACUGAGCUAAAUCCCCAACCCCGGUCCUCCCUAUCUUAAAACACCAGCAGCUGGGUUAGCAGUUUGGCCUCUUCGUGUUCGCUCAACUUGUGACGGACAGCACUAGAGAAUCCACCUUCUCCAUGUCUGGGACUCAGACUCAUCCCCAGCCCUCUGCUCUGACCCCUGAUCCUUCCUGUUAUUUCCAAGUAUUCCCAGGAUUCUGGCUCAUUCUCUGCUUCCACCCAGUCACUAGGCAUUGGGUGGAAGGUGGGCUUGUCACUGCCCCUUUAAUUCUCCUGGGGCCUGGAAUGCAAGUGAGUUGCCAUCUCGGCGAGGUCAGAUAAGAUACUAUAUAUAUCUAGCUAGCGUAACCUGAGCUCCGGAUUACCCAGCCCCAGUCAGACUCCAGCUUCUAGACUCUACAACAGCCGUCUUUUCCCUGCGAGGAAAGAAGCCCCCAGAUCCCAUCCAGUGCCCCCGGACACAGGUCAGUAGCCCUCUCUUUGGUGUCAGAGCUUCAAGUAUGGCUAAGUAAAGCCUCAUUGAGUUCGGGAGAGCAUUUGAGAGGCUGCCCGCUGGACUUGGUGAGCGUUGUAACCAAACCCAAAUGCUCCUCAAGAUAUGGGGACAGAGGACAACUGAAGCCCUAAAGGUGGGGGGGUGAGACUCUCUCCAGGGCAGGGAGCACUAGGAGGGGUACUUGAGCAAAGGGGGUGAAGAAGAAAAUCACAAGAUACCUUCUGCUUCUAGGAAGCCUGUUUCUUUGCCUUUUCUUGGACUUGUAGAGAUAUCUAUCCAUCCCAACCCCAAAUCGAAAAACACCCUGUGUGAUCCCCCCCUAGGCCCACCCACCUCUCCACAAGCCAGGAUACUUGUCCUGAUCUCUCUCAUCUCUGAUCUCUUCACUUUACCUCUUCAACUCCCAUCCCCUCCCCAAGUUCUGGGCACCUCCAAAGUGCAAGAGAAAUGGAGACCUGCACAAAUUCCUUUACAGGACCUCCCCUCCCCAAAGCGAGAGGAUUCUGUGAUAAAAGUAGGUGGGUUGCUGCAAGCAUCUGAUAGAGAGCAGUGCUAGCAACAGGUCAGAGGGUCAGGCUCAGGGCUCAAGAGGCCUGAGAGGAGCCGAUGGUAUAAUGUAAAUGUACAGCUCUUGCCAUUUUCUCCACUCUGUCAGGGUGGACACUUGUGGCCAGAGAGUCUAGCAAGGGAUCCAAGCAGCAAGGAGGAAGGGUCAUAGGUGUGACAGGGUGUCUAUCCCCCUCUUAGUCCUCAGUCAGCACAUUCUGAUACAAUUAGCAGGCAGCUUUGGGAAGCUCUGAGGUCACUACUGCGGAGGUUCCCGAGCACCUAGUGAGACUGACUGGGUCUCCCUGCUGACCUGCCCUGAACAUCUGGGUAGGAAGAAAGGGACUUAGUGGUGUUUUAGGUGUGUCCAUGAAGUGUCUUGUAGGGUAGAGGACGUAAGUGAGGGCAGUGACAAAGCCACAGAUGUGGCUAGGCCUAUGCCUCAGAAAGAUGAGCCCAUCGGGACAGAAAGGGGCAUGAAUCUGCUAAGAGGUGGUGUAUCACCAGUCCUCUGCCUCCAGGGCCAGGAGUGUCUGGGAUUCUUGAGGCUUAAGUCCCUCCUCCAGCUGGGCAGGUUAGGGAGCCCUUCACGUGAGCUACAGGAAAUGACAGUGACUGAUGACAGUGACUUGAUGCCAGGUGGUUGGUUGCCUCAAGGGAACAGGGUUCGUUUCAACCCCUGACUCACCUAGUGUGGGUACUUUGGGGAGUGGGCUAAACUGCAGCCGUGGGAAGGAGGCUCAGGGAUAUGUCUGCCACCAAGCUGGGGCCCAGAAGCCUGUGCUGGGGUAGAUGCCAGUACCAGGGGACACACAGGGCUUGGCAGAGAGGAUGAAAUAGAGGCCUCGAUCACCAUCUCUCCCUCGAUCAGUAUUGUGCUGCAGCUCAGGUUACACCAGGCUUCAUUUUCAUUCACUUACAGUGGAAAAUCCAGGGGCUGCUCCCGCAAGCAGCCUUCUCUCCUAGCGGGAUAAAUAGGCGUGGGCAUCCUGGAGGGGUCCUCCUUUGACUUCACAGGCCCAUGGCCCUGCUUUCAGGACAGGGGAUGGAUGGCUUCAGGGUAGCUGCAGUGAACAGAGCUCAGUUCCCACCCAGCAGAGACAACUGCAGCAGCCUGACAGCGGGAGAGGGUCCACAUGACUUGCAGAAAGAACUGAUUCGGGUUGGGGAUUUGGCUCAGUGGUAGAGCGCUUGCCUAGCAAGCACAAGGCCCUGGGUUCAGUCCCCAGCUCCGGAAAAAAAAAAAAAAAAAAAAAAAAAGAACUGUUUCCUUACCCACAAAUAGACGCAUUGAUAGCAUGACCGCUUAAAGCUGCCGGGGGAACUGAGUUAGUGUGCUAGAGCCCUAGUCGGUGCAUCUUUAAAUGUUAAGAUCUGAAAUAUCGGGGGCUGGGGAUUUAGCUCAGUGGUAGAGCGCUUACCUAGGAAGCGCAAGGCCCUGGGUUCGGUCCCCAGCUCCGAAAAAAAGAACCCAAAAAAAAAAAAAAAAGAUCUGAAAUAUGGACAAUAAAACUUUACUUAAGUUUCACUCUUAGGGGCUCAUACUUAACAAUCCCAGCUCUUGGGAUAUGAGACAAGACAGAGACUUUGAGGUCAGCCUAGACUCGUCCAAAAAAACAAAAACAAAAGCAAAACAAGGCACUAUUUAAAUUUCUUGUACAUUUAAAAAUACGAAUUUUUUUUCGUUUUCAUUUAACGCAAACAAUAUAGCCUUUGCAAUUAUGUUUCUUAAACCUGAGAAUGUAUGCAUCUAAAAAAGUUCAAGCUUUCGUCUGCCUUGAGAUUUUCAGGACCUCUACACUUAAGGACACUGCCAGGAAGGCUAGGGAGGACCAAGUACAUACAGGAUGAGGCUAUCUGGCAGACAAAGUCAAAAGCUGCAUUCAAGGUCCUCAGUGAGUUCUAUGCCUGGUCUGUAGGUGUGUGGGACCAGUUGGCUGGGAGCCUUAGCUGCAUGGCUCCGUUGUCCCAAGAGGAAGCCAAGUGCAUCUGUGCAAAAUGAUGCCACCAUGCCAGUUUCUGUGGGGAAACUUUGCAAAGCGAUGGAGACUCUCAGAGAGAAGGGAGACAUCAAAAUCUCUGUUAAAAAAAAAAAAAAAAAAGGCAAGAGUAGGAACUACCACCACCACCGCCACCGUUGUCCAAGGUGGCAGGCCCCUGGGGAGGUGCAGCCAGCAGCCACAUGCCUGAACUUGCCAGUUCUGGAAAAACAAUGAGAGAAGCCAGGCAGCAGGGGCCCCACACUGGACAGGGAGGAGUGUGGGGAAUCCCAGCCAAUAGGCUGGCCUCCCACUGCCCCAUGAAAGAGCCAUUCAGUCCCAGGCGUUCCUGUGGCAACAGGGAGACUCAAAGCCAUGAGAGUGCUGCCCGUCUUGCGCAGCAAGGCCAUAGGCAGAUUCCCCAACUGAAGCUCCCGCCCAUGGUGCAUUCAGUAGCCUCCAGGGACAGCAGGACCAGCCCAUGAGGCUCCCAGUACCCACUGAGUACCACCCUGAAGGAUGUCCCAGCUCUCCUCCACCCUGAAGCGCUAUACAGAAUCGUCCCGCUACACAGAUGCCCCUUAUGCCAAAUCGGGCUAUGGCACCUACACCCCUUCUUCCUAUGGGGCCAACCUGGCCGCCUCCUUCCUGGAGAAGGAAAAACUUGGUUUCAAGCCGGUCUCCCCCACCAGCUUCCUCCCACGGCCCCGCACCUACGGCCCCUCCUCCAUCCUGGACUGUGACAGGGGCCGCCCCCUGCUGAGAUCUGACAUCACUGGGGGUAGUAAGCGGUCUGAGAGCCAGACCCGUGGCAAUGAAAGGCCCUCAGGCAGUGGACUCAACGGAGGCAGUGGAUUUCCUUAUGGAGUGACCAGCAACUCCCUCAGCUACCUGCCCAUGAAUGCCAGAGACCAGGGCGUGACCCUGGGCCAGAAGAAAUCGAACAGCCAAUCAGACCUGGCCCGGGAUUUCUCCAGCCUCCGGACCUCAGAUAGCUACAGGACUUCAGAUGGCUACCGGGCCUCAGAUGGCUUUAGGAUAGACCCCGGAAACCUGGGUCGCAGCCCCAUGCUGGCCCGCACACGUAAGGAGCUCUGUGCCCUGCAGGGCCUCUACCAAGCAGCCAGCCGUUCUGAGUACCUAACAGACUAUCUGGAGAACUAUGGCCGCAAGGGCAGUGCACCACAGGUGCUCACACAGGCCCCUCCCUCCCGAGUCCCCGAAGUCCUCAGUCCCACCUACCGACCAAGUGGCCGCUACACACUGUGGGAGAAGAACAAGGGCCAGGCUUCUGGGCCCAGCCGCUCCACUUCUCCAGGGCGAGACACCAUGAAUUCAAAGAGUGCCCAGGGUCUGGCUGGUCUUCGAAACCUUGGGAACACGUGCUUCAUGAACUCAAUUCUUCAGUGUCUGAGCAACACCCGCGAGUUGAGAGAUUACUGCCUCCAGAGGCUGUACAUGCGGGACCUCGGCCAUACCAGCAGUGCACACACAGCUCUCAUGGAAGAGUUUGCAAAACUAAUCCAGACCAUAUGGACGUCAUCCCCCAAUGAUGUGGUGAGCCCAUCUGAGUUCAAGACCCAGAUCCAGAGAUAUGCACCACGCUUCGUUGGCUAUAAUCAGCAGGAUGCUCAGGAAUUCCUCCGUUUCCUUCUGGAUGGCCUCCACAACGAGGUGAACCGGGUGGCAGCAAGGCCUAAGCCCAGCCCUGAGAGCCUUGAUCAUCUCCCUGAUGAAGAGAAAGGGCGACAGAUGUGGAGGAAGUAUCUAGAAAGGGAAGACAGUCGGAUUGGGGAUCUCUUCGUUGGGCAGCUAAAGAGCUCCCUGACGUGCACCGACUGCGGCUACUGCUCUACAGUGUUCGAUCCCUUCUGGGACCUCUCGUUGCCCAUUGCAAAGAGAGGCUAUCCUGAAGUGACGUUAAUGGAUUGUAUGAGGCUCUUCACCAAAGAGGAUGUGUUGGAUGGGGAUGAGAAACCAACAUGCUGCCGCUGCCGGGCCAGAAAACGAUGUAUAAAGAAGUUCUCUGUCCAGAGGUUCCCAAAGAUCUUGGUGCUCCACCUGAAGCGGUUCUCAGAAUCCAGGAUACGAACCAGCAAGCUCACAACAUUUGUGAAUUUCCCACUAAGAGACCUGGACUUGAGAGAAUUUGCUUCAGAAAACACCAACCAUGCUGUUUACAACCUGUAUGCUGUGUCCAAUCACUCCGGAACCACCAUGGGAGGUCACUAUACAGCCUACUGCCGAAGUCCGGUUACGGGCGAAUGGCACACUUUCAAUGACUCCAGUGUCACACCCAUGUCCUCCAGCCAAGUGCGCACCAGCGACGCCUAUUUGCUCUUCUAUGAACUGGCCAGUCCACCCUCCCGUAUGUAGCAUUGAGGAGCUACAACCCUUCCCUCUUCCCUGUGGUGGCCCCACGUCCUAAGUUUUUUUUUAAAAAUUCAGAAAAAAAAACACCACAAAAAAAAAAAAAAAAACAAAAACACAACAAAAUCCUGACACGUGAGAGAAAUAAAGUAAAAUAAAGCUGCGGAGCAGACGUGGAUGCGGCCUGGGCAGGGUCUGGAGUGAGGAGCCUGUCGGGGACGACGACUGGUGCAGAGAUGGAUGGAGUCAGCCGCGUCCCUCAGCUCCCUGGUCGGCUCCUCUUGUUUGCAUUUUUAAGCUUGUGGUUUUACCUGUGUGUAAUAAAAAACGGCCGCGGUCUGUGGGGCGAGGAUCCUCAGUUCACCUGCUGCCCCCAGUGCCACUCCUUCUGGGAGGACAGCGCCAUCUGGAGCCUGCUGGGAGCGUCGCUGCUGGAUGGAGCUAGGGAGGAGCCUGCCCGGAGGCCGCCCUGCCUGGACCUGCUCACCAGUCAGUCCAGAGAGGAACAUCCAUGAGCCAAGAGCCCUCUUAACGCUGCUAAGCCCAGGGGUACAAAUGAGGGUGACAUCUUUGAAGAAAGCUGGUUUGGGUUUUCAAAAACCCAAGUCUUUUUUUUUUUUUUAAUUAACUAACGGAACGUGUUCCGACUGGAGAUGUGGUCCUUCGCACCUCUCGUCACAGCUGGGACGUGGGGCUGGCUCCCUGUUUCUGUUUUUGUUAGGUUUUCUGUUUUUGUUUGUUUCUUCUCCAAAUACAACUUUCCUAAUGCUAGCCCCCUGUGGUGCUAGGUGAGUGUUGACCAGGCCCAAGCGAAGUCACAGUAGACCUGGGAUCUAAAGUUUUCUGUUUUGAAGUUGUUUUUUUUUUUCCUUUAAUAUUUUGGAUGGAAUCUAGUUGCCUCCAAGAAUUGUGCCUUAUAGCAUUUGGGGACCAGGGGAUAACUUCCCCUUCCUGAGAUAUCCCUCAGCUGCUUCCCUUUAUACCCAUGCCAUGUUGAAAGCCACUGGGGCAUGUGGGCUCCUGCCCUGUGCCCUGGCUCGUUGUGCACUGCAGUGGUUAAGAGGGAAGUGGGUAAACGGUGUUUCUUAAGAUAGUGUAUCAAGCUCUUCCCGCCACCCUCUUUCCCACCCCUGGUCUGCUCCCAGCUGUUUGAAGGACAGCACAGGCCCCUUGUCCCUCAAGCCCCCCCUUUAAUUUAUUCUCUUCUUAAUACCCUUAUUCCCCAAGCUUCCUGCCACCCAUCCCUUUCUCAGAGUCUCUUAGACAAAGGCCCUCUGGACUGAGCUUCUCAGGGACACCCACGACACCCCUUACCCGCUCUAGGCAUCAGUCUUUGGUCCUGCCCUGGGAGUGUGAGCCUGGUGCCUGGGGAUGUCUCAUAAUUCUUUGCCGUGGGCUUGAUUUCGCCCUGACAUUAGACAAAAAAAAAAAAAAAAAAACUCCAUGCUGUCCCAAGAGUCAGGCUACUCAGCACUACGGCAUUUUGCACAGUGCAUUUUGCACACCCACUGGUGGGCCUGGCUUAUGCCCUCAGAACCUGGAGUGCUUGAGUGUCCCAGGUCAAGGCACCCUAGAAAAGACACCCCGAGUUUGCCUGGCCUGAUCCCCUUCUCUAGGGAAGACCUGUGACGUGAGCCCAAGGGCUGGUGUACACUUGUUUACUAUGUAAGCAAGAGUAGAAUGUCUAGUUACAGUGGAGCCUUGUACAGAAUAAAUAGUAGCUUUGAGAAGGAA